AUGGGUGAAACACAGGGAAAAAUGUACCCGCUGGCGACAGUGUUGACCCUACUGGCGGCCGUAGCUGUUCUGCUUCGCCUUCAUGCUAGAGAGAUUAAGAAUGCGGUCCUUGCAUGGGACGACUACCUGAUUCUUUUCGCACUGAUCUAUCUCAUGGACGUUCGCAAGAAUAAGUUACUCACAAAAGCUGCAAGGAUCUUCCGCGGUGCUUUGUUCUUGGCCCUCGUCUGGACCAUGAUCACAAUCAUUGUGACAUGGACCGUUGGCUUCUUCUUCGCGACUAUGCUCCAUUACUACCCAAUAUCAAAGAAUCGGACUGGCUUUGGAGGCACUGCUGACACUUACAUCGAUGAAAACAUGAUGUACAUUGGACAAGCGUUCUCAGACGCUAUCACAGACCUCAUGAUCCUUGUAAUGCCCAUCCCUUGGGAAGUCAAUGCUUACACACUAAAGGACCAUUGCGGCAAGCGUUACGAAGCUCAUGUUUUUCUUAAGAUUGCUGUCGGCAUUACAAGCUCGAAAAAGCCCCUGAGGGAUGCUGGAAACCUGGAGGAUCGCGACAACAGCUCUUCUGCGGUUAGCUCCGAAGGCUCCAUAUAUGCUGGCGAAGACCAUAACGGGGGUCAAUAUCUUGGUCGCGAUCAAGUCUAUGUACUCAAAAAGACACUCGAGAAGGUUGUCGAUGUCGGUACCAAAAGGAACGCAGUAGAGCAACGCUACCAUGCAAGCGGGUACAUUUGA